AUGAUCGCCUUACUGUGUCUGCCUUCCUUCGUAGCUCUUGCAGUUUCCAGUCAAGCCCCUGUACCGGCUGCUGUUCGAGACAGUUGUGAAGACGUCAGUGUUGCGGCGGCAGCGCGAAGCUUGCUGCAAAGCCAAAAUGCACAUACAGGGACCAGGACCCCUCACCGAUACGCUGUGACGAAGAAGGUGGUCAGUUCUAAGAUCCGCUUCGUAUUCUUCGCAGGGCUCGAAGGCACUGGGCACCAUUUCUGGCAGGAGAUGUUGAGAAGGCUUUCCAUAAGCCAUUCCGCGGACUUGUCCCAAGAGCUCUUCAAUCGCCGACAUGGACCAGGUUUGUUCAGUUCCAGCGACGAGCAGGUCCGAGAAGCCUCGGCAGAACAUGUUGUCGAGCUGAUGUCAGAGAUGCAGAAAAACCUAAGCUCUGCACCAGGGUGCAAUGUGGUUGCUUUGAACGUCGGAGGAAUCACCCGCCCCAGUGGCAUGAUGUCGUAUCCAAACUUCGGUGGGCGGGACAGAAUGUUUCAGAAUCCAGACAUGUUCACAUUGGCCAAGCUGGCUGAAGCUGCUGGGAUAGACUUGCGGAUAGUACUUCUGACGCGGCAGCCCGCAAGCUUAGUACAGAGCGAGCUUGACAGGUCCUACGAAAAGGAUCUCUCUCACGCAGUUCGGAAAGUCUCCAUGACUCUUUCUCUUCUGAGCGAACAGCUCGACCUGCUUGACCCGGCUUAUGUGUCAUGUUGGAGCUACGAAGAUCCAGGGGCAAGGAUUUCUCAUUUGCUCUCCUUCAUGGGCCUUUGUGAAGAAGAUUCGGAUCACGCCCGCAAAAUCAUCAAGGAGAUUUACAAGCCAUCGAACCAUUCGUCGCGUUCCAACUCUCUCAGAGAAUCGCUGGAUACCGGCUUUCAAAUCCAUGAGCACCUUCUCGCGAAGUGGUGUGCCUAG